CUGCCUUAAAUACUAAAAGCAGGGUUUUAGUCUAAAACCCUAAUCCACAGCAGAGCCACCAAUUCACCAUGGCUGUAUUGAGCUCAAAGCAAGUGUUGAAAGACAACAAAACAACUGACCCAAGUUCCAUUACAUCUCUUACCCUCACUCACAAAGCUCUUUCUGAUGUCUCUUGUUUGAGUGAGUUUGAAAAUUUGCAAAGGCUUGAUCUUGGGUUUAACAAUUUAACUUCACUUGAGGGAUUGAAGUUAUGUUUGAAUUUGAAGUGGCUAUCUGUUGUGCAAAAUAAACUUCAGAGCUUGAAAGGGAUUGAAGGGCUUAGUAAACUCACUGUACUGAAUGCCGGAAAAAACAAGCUUAAAUCUAUGGACGAGGUCAGUGGUCUUGUGAACUUGCGUGCGCUGAUUUUGAACGAUAAUGACAUUGUUCCAAUUUGCAAGCUUGAUAAAAUGAAAGAGUUGAAUACAUUAGUUCUUUCGAGAAAUCCAAUAUCUGGAAUUGGCCACAGUCUGGCCAAAAUCAACUCACUCACAAAAUUGUCUCUCUCUAAUUGCCAACUGCACGGUAUUGACUCUUCACUUAAAUCCUGCACCGAGUUAAAGGAGCUACGACUUGCUCAUAAUGAUAUUAAGACACUUCCUAGUGAGUUGGCUUUUAAUAUAAAGCUACAAAACUUAGACAUCGGGAACAAUGUGAUCAUGAAGCGGUCAGAUCUGAAGGUGCUGUCUUCAUUAGUUAACUUGAAAAACUUAAACCUACAAGGGAACCCCAUUGCUGAAAAGGAAGAUUUGGCCAAAAAGGUCAAGAAACAAAUGCCACAUUUGCAGAUUCUCAAUGCUAAACCUAUUGAAAAGGCCAUGAAAAAGGAAGAGGGUGGUAUAGUCGAUGAUGAAAAUGGAAGUGAUCACCAUGAAGAGAGUACUUUCCUGGAGAAUGACAUAGUGAAAAAGUCUAAAAAGUCCUCAAAGAAUGGUAAAAAUGCUGCUGAUACAGCAGAAACUGUACUCACUGAUCCUGAUAUACAUAAGGAAUCAAAGCUCAAAAAGGAAAAGAUUAACGAAUUUGAUAAAGCUUCUGGCCGUAAGAGGAAGGAGGAGUUGGUACAAGCAGAAAAAAGAACCAAUUUUGACACAGGAGAGGAACAAAAGCACAAAAAACAGAAGAAGAGCGAAGUCUUGCCGGAGAAUGCUUCAAAUGUCGAGGAUAAGGAAACAGCUAAAAAGUCUAGUAAGAAGGCUAAACAAAAUAAAGCAAGUGCAAUUGACGAUGGAGAAACUCCUUUCUCGGAUCUUUUUGUCUCUGAUUUAUCAGAUCCAUUGACCAGUAGCCGGAAGGACGGUAAUCACAAGACACUCCAAAAUGUUGAUGCAGCUGCAGGUUUGGCUACAUUCCCGAAAAAGAAAAAGCAGAACAAGAAUCUUGUAACUGGUGCUGCUGCUCUUCAAUUGUCAUCAGCAAGUGAUGAAAUUGGGUUAGGUGGUCCAUCAACAUGGGGUGACUAGAAAAUAAUAGCACCUUACAGAGAAAAUUAAAUAGCACCAAGUUUAGACUGUGAAGUUAGCAACUGUCAUUUGUGCCUUGGCCUCCCGCUUGGCCUCCCAUUUGGUUUGAUUGAUCUUCAACAAGAUGUUUAUAUGGUUUACAUGAACAAAUUGUUUUAAUAGAGGCUGUAAAUUACGGUGCUGUGACAGCAAGGCAUAAAGCCAGAUCAUUGAGAAGUAAAGGAUGUUUGUUCUUGCUCUUGUUCAUCUUAGGUGUUUGGAAGGUCAAAAGGAUCCGACUUGCUUUUACCGGGAGUAUAUUCUGGGAAAUUUUUGUGCGUGUUGAGCCAUGGUAAAUGAGCCUAAUUUGAGUCUUCUUUUGUGAACAUGUCGUGUUUAGAUAACUGAUGGUCACAUUUCCAAUGGAACACUACAAAUAUUCGUCUGCUUAAUUUUUCUUGGGGCUGCUAGCUAGUUCAGUUAUCGAGACAGUCAUAGACUUCGUUAUCUUGGAUCUCAACUUGUUGCUUAUGCAUUUACCAAUUUUCCCAGUAUAAUGCAGAAACUGGUUUACAUUUCUUUUGAGGUUGUGAUUUUAUUGUACUAGGCCUAUUCCUACAUUGGGAUAUGCAUUUUUGACAUCUAUUUUAGAUUAAUAGUAAUGGAGAUCUGUUGAUCAA